AUGACUACCGAAUCGCUCUGUCAAACCGUAUCACUCGGCUCAAAGGUUCCUCCACCUCGCCCAAAGCCGCCUGUGACCUACGCCAAAGAUAAUUGUCAAAACAUUGCCAUAGUGGAAUAUCCUAAAGGCAAAAAUCCCUUUGGAGAUGACGAUGAAGAUGAGACACCUAAUUCCAACCACACCACCACUACACCUUCUGUGGACACAGAAGUUAGCACAAGUUCCAACACGUCUGACAACCGCAAUUCUGAUGAAGCACCGCUCGAAGCAUCUGUCUCCGCUAAAGAUACCGUGAUCCAUCGAAAAGAUCCUCCGAUUGACUCUUCGUCCGCCACUGAUACUCUCUCGAAGUCGACCAACCCUUUUGAUACGCCGACCUCUGCUGAUGAUGAGGACAGAGAUACUGAAAAUGUCGUCCCCCAGCUUGAGAUCGCAGAUGAUAUCACGCCUACUGAUGCUGGCCCAUCCUUUCCUGUCACGCAGACCAUUGGUGAAAUCGACAGUGAAGAAGAGGAGGAUGAAAAACCACGACAAGACGGGUCCCCAUCAUCGUACAGAGCAACAAAUUUAUCGACUGGGAGUGUACGUCCUGGUUAUCGACAGAAGCGGCCGGCACCACCACCACCGUCUGUGAAUCCUCCUCCCUCCCCCCUGACAACCCCAGCACGUAAUCCCUACCUAAAAGGUAGCGGUUCCGAAUGCUACAGUUCUACAGACUCGCAUAUCUCCUCCUCGGCGGAGGUCUCCGAAAGUUGGCCCUGCACAACUUGCGCUUCAUCUCGCGAAGACUGUGCACACAGCCAGGGCCACCCAUCUCCCCGAAAAGAUCCCCUAGAUAGUAGCGCUCGUCCCCUCUCCAUUUCUGUGGGAAAUUCGCCGAAUUGCCGACGACCGGUUCCCAAGAAGCCGGCUCCGCCUUUGCCAGUCACAGAAAAACGGCAAGUACGCGCGGAGAGUGCUGAUUUUGUGAAGUACGACGUUCUUCGUAAGCGUAUUGAAGAACUUUCUGAAAAGAUUGUGCAUUUGGAUGAGGAGCUGAAGGACACGAAUACUAAACUUGCUAAAGGUGGAUUAAACUCACAACACCAAAAAAGGUACUCCAAGGCCGUUGAAAAGCUUCAACAGAAGCGGACUGUUCUCGUUAAGAAGCAGCAGGCCCUUAAGACUCGUCUCCUCGCUCCAUGA